AUGCAGAAGACGGCAAUGCGCAUCCCCACGCGAGCAGUCCCCUCGAGACAGGAGACGUGGAGAGUUGCGACCCGUGUGGCACUCGUGUCCACGCCGGAGGAGCUCUCCGAGGAACGUGUUCCUUCUCCGGGCGGCGGUGCCCCCUGGCACCUGCGCAAUGUGUUCAGUGACUCCGUGGAGAGCUCGGAUGACGAAUUCUUCGAUGCUCGAGAGGACAUGGCGGAAGGCAAGAAUGCCCUCCUCAUUGGGAUGAGCCAGUGGAAUUCCAAUGACCUGGUGGAGCAGAUUGAGACCAUGGGCAAACUGGAGGAGCAUCAAGGUGAAGGGGCGGCGCCCUGCACCUCCAGCCUCCUUCAGGAGAAGCAGCGAGAGCUGUACCGCGUGUCCCUGAGACGGCAGAGGUUCCCAGCCCAGGGGAGCAUGGAGAGCCACGAGGACAGCGAGGAAGGCUGUGCUCCGCGCUCCUGCAAGACCCACGUCCUCCUGCUGGUGCUGCACGGGGGCAGCAUCUUGGACACAGGCUCGGGGGACCCGUCCUGCAAGGCGGCCGACAUCCACACCUUCAGCUCCGUGCUGGAGAAGGUCACCCGCGCCCACUUCCCAGCCGCGCUGGGCCACAUCCUCGUCAAGUUCGUCCCCUGCCCUGCCAUCUGCUCAGAGGCUUUCUCACUCCUCUCUAACCUGAGUCCCUACACCCACGACGAGGGUGGCCCCAGCAACAGCCAGGACCACGCGCCUCUGGCUGCCCUGCCCCUGCUGGCCAUCUCCUCCCCGCAGUACCAGGACGCAGUGGUCACGGUCAUUGAGCGCGCCAACCAGGUCUAUGGAGAGUUCCUCAAGUCCCCGGAUGGAAUUGGUUUCAGUGGCCAGGUGUGUCUCAUUGGGGACUGCGUGGGUGGCCUGCUGGCCUUCGAUGCUAUCUACUACAGUGCAGGGCCCUCAGGCGACAGCCCUGCCAGCAGCAGCCGGAAGGGGAGCAUCAGCAGCACGCAGGACACCCCCAUCCUGGCAGAGGAAGACUGCAGCCUGACCAGCAGCAAGCGGCUCAGUAAGAGCAACAUCGACAUCUCCAGUGGUCUGGAGGACCAGGCGCCCAAGAGGCCGUUGCCACGGAAACAGAGCGACUCCUCCACCUAUGACUGCGAGGCACUCACCCAGCAUCACGCCUUCCUGUCGAGCAUCCACGCCAGCGUGCUGAAGGACGAGUCUCAGCUCCCCGGCUCUGGGGUCCAGCUCCCUGAAGUCAGCCUGGGCCGCUUUGACUUCGAUGUGUCCGACUUCUUCCUCUUUGGCUCACCCCUGGGCCUGGUCCUGGCCAUGCGGAGGACAGUGCUGCCUGGGCUGGAUGGUUUCCAGGUGCGCCCCGCCUGCAGCCAGGUCUACAGCUUCUUCCACUGCGCAGACCCCUCUGCCUCGCGUCUGGAGCCGCUCCUAGAACCCACGUUCCACCUGGUGCCACCUGUCAGCGUGCCCCGCUACCAGAGGUUCCCGUUGGGGGACGGGCAGACCCUCCUCCUCGCUGAUGCCCUGCACACCCACAGCUCCCUCUUUCUGGAGGGCAGCUCCCAGGACAGCCCACCCCUUCCGGACGCCCCCGCCUCACCCCACCAGGCCCCGCGGUCCCUGCAGCUGGGGCGCAGGCUGAGUGAGGGCAGUUCCCGCAGCAGCGAGAGCUCGGGGUCCUCGGACAGCCUGGCAGCCAUGGGCGCCUCCCGCAUCACAGCCAAAUGGUGGGGCACCAAGCGGAUCGACUAUGUCCUGUACUGUCCCGAUGUCCUCACUGCCUUCCCCACGGUAGCCCUGCCCCACCUCUUCCACGCCAGCUACUGGGAGUCCACAGACUUGGUGGCCUUCAUCCUGAGACAGGUGAUGCGCUAUGAGAGCGUGAGUGUCCAGGAGAGCUCGGGCCUGGACCCUGCAGCCCUGAGCCCUGCCAGCCCCCGGGAGAAGUGGCUUCGCAAGAGAACCCAGGUCAAACUGCGGAACGUCACCGCUAACCACCGUGCCAAUGAUGUCAUCGCCGCUGAAGACGGCCCCCAGGUCCUGGUGGGGCGCUUCAUGUACGGACCCCUCGACAUGGUCGCUCUGACUGGAGAGAAGGUGGACAUCCUAGUGAUGGCCGAGCCGUCGUCGGGCCGCUGGGUGCACCUGGAUACGGAGAUCACCAACAGCAGUGGCCGCAUCACGUACAGCAUACCCCGACCCCGGCGCCUGGGGGUCGGGGUCUACCCAGUGAAGAUGGUGGUCAGGGGCGACCAGACCUGUGCGAUGAGCUACCUCACGGUGCUGCCCCGAGGCAUGGAGUGCGUGGUGUUCAGCAUCGAUGGGUCCUUCGCGGCCAGCGUGUCCAUCAUGGGAAGUGACCCGAAGGUUCGGCCGGGUGCGGUGGACGUUGUCCGCCACUGGCAGGACCUGGGCUACAUGAUCCUGUACAUCACCGGGCGGCCGGACAUGCAGAAGCAGCGCGUGGUCUCUUGGCUGUCGCAGCACAACUUCCCCCAGGGCAUGAUCUUCUUCUCCGAUGGACUGGUGCACGACCCGCUGCGGCAGAAGGCCAUCUUCCUCCGCAACCUUGUGCGCGAGUGCUUCAUCAAGAUCAGCGCUGCCUACGGCUCUACCAAGGACGUCUCUGUCUACAGCGUGCUGGGCCUGCCCCCCUCCCAGAUCUUCAUCGUCGGCCGGCCUGCCAAGAAGUACCAAAGCCAGUGCCAGUUCCUGAGCGAGGGCUACGCGGCGCACCUGGCUGCGCUGGAGGCCAGCCACCGCUCGCGCCCCAAGAAGAACAACUCGCGCAUGGUCCUGCGCAAGGGCAGCUUCGGGCUCCACGCGCAGCCGGAGUUCCUGCGCAAACGCAACCACCUGCGCAGGACCAUGUCGGUGCAGCAGCCGGACCCGCCCGCCGCCAACCCCAAGCCCGAGCGCGCGCAGAGCCAGCCCGAGUCGGACAAGGACCACGAGCGGCCCCUGCCGGCGCUCAGCUGGGUGCGCGGGCCCCCCAAGUUCGAGUCGGUGCCCUGAAGGGCGGGCUGUGCUCAGAGCAGGGGGGCCACCAGGCCGCCUGCAGGGGCAGGAGGGGCUGCCUUCUCCCUGACACAGGCGUUUUCCAGCUUCUUCCCUCCCGUGUCUGUCCAGCAGUGUCCGACCAGAGAGGGGACCCUGCCCGGCUUUAGGGGGCUCCCUGGGCCAUGAGGGGGAAGGGAGGGAGAGACCCAGAGGUCUCAGUGCAGUCACUGCUGCCUCCCCUAUGCCUGCGACCGCAAGCCCAAGUCGGGGCUGAGGGUUUGUGUCCUGGCUGGGGUGACCCGGACCUGCCCGAGCUGGAGCAUUUUGGGAAAAGUCGACCAGCUUGCGAGCCCCCCAGGCUGGCCCAGGAGUGCGGCCCGCCUACCUGGAGAGGCCCAGACCCUGAGGCAGCAGCCUUCCGUCUGCUGCAGUCUCAAGCCAGGGGCGAAUGGCUUCGUGCUUGCCACCACGCCCUGUGUGACAUUCCGGGUCACCAUUGUGCACCCAUCUCUCCCGUGAACAAGUGGCCACUUUCUAGGCAUGAGAGGAUGUCCCCUGGGUUCAUCCUCGUGUGACUCCUUGGCCAUCAGGGUGUGGGGUGGGUCUGGUGCUGACAGUCUGUCCUCCUGCAGCUGUCCAUUGUCCCCCUUCUUUCCUGGCUCCCUGGAGGCCGGGCCUCCCUCUGCCUGGAGCCCACCCCUGUGAGGCUGCAGUCAUGGGUCUAAGGGCCAGUGGGGUGGGCUGUGUGGGGGGUGGGGGGCCCUGCUGCCCUCCCUCUCUGGGCCCCGCCCUUCAGCUGUUCUUGGAGGUUCGCCCCCCAGCUGACAUAGAUGCUGCAGUGAGACAACGAGGCUUACAUCUGCCCCAGGGGCUUUUCAGGCCAUGGGCGGGUUCAGUGAUCACCCUUUCCACAUGUCCUCAGAGGGACUGUGAGUGGGUCAGGGGAGAGGAGCUGUGUUCUCCUCUCCUCCUAGGAUACCCCUCUAGCAGGGUCCCUACUUCUAGGACAGCCUCAGGGGGUCACAAGUAUCCCCAAAGGGUACUGAUCUGGCUCUCCCUGUCCCCUAAGCUCAGCCUAACUUCUCCCUCCCGGUCCUGGCAGGCUUCUGGGAACUCAUGUGACUUGGGCACAAACUGUUGUCUUCUUUCCCCGUCACUCUGCCCCUCAGCUUGGUUUGUGCCCAUGACUUCCUCCUGGGUGGUCCCAAGGUGGGCAAGACCCCCUGCUGCUGAGUCUCUGGUGGGGUGUUGUCUUCCGCACCUCACCCUAGCUCCUGGCCCAGGCUUGCACCCACAGUGGGUGUAGCCUCUGAGCCCCGUGGCUGUCACUGAGGCUGAUCCCAGCUAUUCCAGUCUGGGCGCCGUGCCAGGGCUGGGCACCCCGCACCCCCAGGUCUGGAUUCACAGGUCUGGAUUCACAUGCCCACCCUGUGUUGCUUCUGCUCCAUGUCUACCUCGUGCAGCUCCCUGUAGCCUACUUCCCACGUGCAGGCUACUGCCGGUGGGACGGGGGCACCUGGGUGCCCCUGCUGGGGCUGGUGGGCUCUGGGCUCCCAGUCCCCAACCACUCGAAAUACUCCAGUCUGCCAGCGCCCUCCCCACUGGCCCAGCCUGAUCCCCAGCUGUUGUUUCAGUGCUGAGUCCUGCAUGUAAACCCGGGGUGACUGGAGAGCCUGAGGGGUGGGGGUGGGGGGCGUGGAUCAGCCACUUCCUCCCUCUCUGGUCCUGCCUGAGUAUUGUACAGCAGUCAGCAUCCCUCCACCCCCCUAACAUCCCACCCUUUUGGCUCUCCACAAAGCACCAGCCCAUAGGGCAGGGUUCGCUCUAUCCUCCCCACGUCUGCCUUCCAAAGUAGCCGGCAUUAAACUCGGGCAGAUGUACUCUGAUUCCCUGAACUCCCACCAAGCAGAAGCUGAUGAUGCAUUUAAUAUUCUCAAAUGAUAACAUCACUGGUGAGAUAGUGCCCCUUCCCCCCGUUUCUCUCCCAUCCCUCUCCCCUUGCUGAGGACCCUAGGAGAGGAGAAGAGGGAUUUGCAGGCACGGGUUCAGGCUGGGAGCUGGGAUGUGGGACACAGUGGGGCAGUCCAGAGGCACCCCCCCCCCACUGGGAUGUAAACGUCGCACCCUUGAGCUGCUGCCGGUGUAUGGUGGGGUCUUGCAGACACAGCGCUCCAUUGGUGUCCGUGAAUGUGUGUAUUUGUGUUUCUGUACAGUAAAGAGACUCGGGCCACUUCUGUUCCUUCUGCUUUUACGACAACUGUGUAACCAAUAUGCACUUUCUACAACUAGUGGUUUGUCCAGCUUUGUCACAGUGUGAGUGGGAGAGGAAACAAAGAACCCAGUCCUAUUGUUCUCCGGAGGGGAGGCUUGGCCCUCCCCCGAGUAGUUCUGUGAACCCCCAUCUGACUGUCUUUAGAGAAUCCCUGGGCUCUGGCUGCGCCUGCUCCCAGCGGCUGGGAUGCUGCUCUCCCGCCUGACCAAAGCUCCCUGUGUCCCCGUGGCAUGUUCGUCCUUCCUGAUUCGGUGGGGUGCCUUGACCCCCGGACUGCCUGCUCUCCCUGCCCCUUUCACCGUGUGCCCUGUUGGGGACUCAGGGUGUACCCUCAGCCAGGGCCUGCCCUUCCAGCAUCAUUGCUUUCGUUGGAAUGACCUUGACUUCUCCCUUAGGCUCUGCCAAAUAUUGGAGAGGGGGAUCGAGGAAGUAGACCUCUUUACAUGUAUUUGGAUGACUCGCUCCCAACCCCCUCCCCAGUCUGGGCACAGGUCCCCAGACAGCAGACAUCUCUGAGCCUUGGUCAUCCUGAGAUUCGGAGCCCCGGCGAUACCACGCUCACACGCUCAGCAAACUCAAAGGCUGGCGGUUUGAACCCAUUCAGUGGUGAAAGACCUGACACUCACUCUCCUAACGAUUUCAGCCUAGCAAUCCCUUGGGGCAGUGCUGCAGUCCAUGGGCCAGCUGAGUUGGAAUGAACCAGACUGCCACAAUCCAGAGAUUCCUGGGGGCUGGCUUUUCAAAGGAGGAUGCUACUUAGUGGUUCUCUUAUCAUUUUAUCACUUGGGGCCCAGGCCUGGGCUGGGAAGUGUCUUAUAGAUUUAAGAAGGGACACCAAUCUUUUUAAGUGAGACCCAGACCCAGGCAGGUAGCAGUCGGUUGGAGAUGGUGACCAGUUGACAUCUCCCCCCAAGACAGGUUACUGGCCUGCCUGGGAGGGGCAGCCCUGGCUGUGCAGCCAGCUGGCUGGGCUUCUGUGGCUGUCCCCAACCCCGCCUUAAACAACCAACUUUCCCCGCUGAACCCGGGGGAUUUGGGGUGCCUAGUACUUUGGAAACCUGCUCUCUUUGGCUCAGCCAAAAGAAACAUCCCCUUUCUUCCUUUCCUCGGGGAUUGGGGCAACUUUCUUAAAACGAGAGUUCAGGUUCCGCCCAAGCAGUGAGGCCUUGCCCAGGCUCUGCUCUCUGGGGGGAAACAAGAGUCCAGGUGGUGCCUGGGAAGAAAGGCCUGGCGACUCGAGUCUGUGAACACGAUGGGCCAGGAGGCCUGCAGGGCAGCGGUUCUCCCCUGUCCUGAGCGUACAGCAGCGGCAACAACUAGAUUGUUUUGCUGAGAAACCAACUGCGUUUCCGAGGAAUGUGAAAUUGUGCCCUUCUCCCCUCUGGGGUGACGGAGGGCGGGUGACACUCAGAGGGGCAGGAGAGACAAGGUUAGCUGGCUCACGGGGACCCCCAGCCUGAGUCCCCCCUGUCCUUUCUUCCCUUUGUUUACUUGGUGGUAGCAGCCAGUCCGACUGUGCUUGUGGCCCGGCUGUUCCUCCGUGUGUCGCGCCCAGUAUUGUCCGUGGUGGGGCAUGACUGUGGUGUGGCGGUCUCAACUCCCUGGGCUGCCUUGUACCCACUCCGUGGGAAAAGAACACGGAAAGGAGCGGGUUUUGGACGCGUCAAACACAGCAA